AUGCCAUUAUUGUACCGAUCUGGUGAUUUUGUUUACUAUCAUGAUGAUAAUGGUCAAAAAAAACUUGGAAGAUUAAGAUCAAUUUUAAAAAAUCAUGAUGGAUAUUAUCAGUUACGAAUUCAAAAAAUUUUGGAAUAUAGUGAUUUACCCGGAAAUUUAAAAGGGUUAUCAAGACAACGUCGUUCUAUUACCAGUGAAGUAUAGUUACAAGAUGAACGAUUUUUAAUUAUAAUGACUUCUCAAAUUUUAGAAAAAGUAACUAUAUUGAUAAUGUUUCAACAUACAAAAUAUUCCUGAUGGUUCAUUGCGGAUUAGUGAAAUAAUUUAUAAAUGUAAUGACCGUUGGCACGUUCGUAAUGUAAAGCUUUCAUACCUACAUCCAUCUGAUUACAUUUCUAUUAGAAAUCCACUAUCAUCAUCUAUGCCAAUCUAUAAGCUGUUUUUAGAUCUUUAUUAUGAUGAUUUUGGUACAUUUAGAAAUGUAUACCAUUCUCUAGGUGGUGUUUAUGUACAGUUUGGAAAUAUGCCAGCACAUCAAAGAAAGCUAAUAAAGAACCAUUUUGUUAUUGGGUUU